AUGGACGAUGUUGCGAUAUUUCUGUCAGGGUUCAAUAUCACGGACAUGUACCCUUCUUUCAAGAUUCUCGAAAGAAUUACUCGAAUUAGGCAUAAACUGGAGAGGCUACACAAACAGAUUGAUGAAGUAGUUGAAAACAUUCUCAAUGAGCACAGAGUCAAAAGAGCAGAAUCAACACCUGGUUAUGGAGAAGCAAAGCAGGAUCUAGUUGACGUUCUUCUAAAUAUCCAACAAUCUGGGGAAUUUGGAGUUCCACUUACUGACAAUAACAUCAAGGCAGUCAUAUUUGAAAUGUACUUUGCCGGCGUGGAGACGUCGUCAACAACUAUGGCGUGGGCAAUGGCUGAAAUGAUUAAAAACCCAAGACUACUAAAAAUAUCCCAAAAUGAAGUACGACAAAUUUAUGGUGAAAUGGGCAAUGUUGAUGAGUCGCGAUUGCAUGAAUUGAAAUACUUGCAAGCAGUUAUUAAAGAAGCUAUGAGAUUGCACCCUGCUGCUUCACUGUUACUUCCAAGGGAAUGUAGUGAACAAUGUGAAAUCCAGGGAUAUGAAAUCCCGGUCAAAACCAGAGUCUUUAUCAAUGCCUGGGCAAUUGGUCGAGAUCCAGACUAUUGGACUGAACCUGAGAAAUUCAUUCCAGAGCGAUUUCUUGAUUCUGAAAUCAAUUUCAAGGGAAAAACUUUUAAUUACAUACCAUUUGGAGCAGGAAGAAGGAUGUGCCCUGGCAUAUCAUUUGCUCUUCCUAACAUCGAGCUACUUCUUGCUCAACUGCUCUACCACUUCGAUUGGAAGCUCCCUGGUGACUUAGAACAAGAACAACUAGACAUGACUGAGGUAUUUGGCGUCACAGUCAGGCCAAAGCAGGAUCUCCUCUUGAUUCCCACUCCUUACCACCCUUCUUCUCUCUGA